AUGGAUUUGGCUGGAAAUGUGCUUUCUUCUUCACUAGUAGCUGUUCUCUUCUUCUUCCUCCUCUUGAGUUUCUCAGAAGCCAGAGACCAUUUGGUAGGGGGAAAAACUGAUUCUUGGAAAAUCCCAUCUUCAGAAUCAGAUUCCCUCAAUCGAUGGGCUGAAAAAUCUCGCUUCCUCAUUGGAGAAUAUUCUCUUGUGUGGAAGUAUAAUGUAAAAGCAGAUUCAGUUUUGAAAGUGAGCAAGAGGGAUUAUGUGACAUGCAAUAGUUCAAGUCCAAUAGCAGUGCACAAUGAUGGGAAUACAAAGAUAGAGCAAACACAUUCAGGAGAUUACUAUUUUAUUAGUGGAGCAAAAUGGCAUUGUGAGCAAGGCCAGAAACUGAUAGUAGUGACCUUAUCUGAGAAAAACAUGAGGAGAUUCAUGGGUGCAACUGCACCUUCUCCAGCUAUGGCUCCAGAGGCGGACUGUAUGGCUCCUACUAGCAAUGCUAUUAGCUUGAAGGCUAGCUUGGUUAUAGCUUUUGGGGUUUUAAUGGGAAUCUUGUUUCUCCUUUCUUUUUUGAAUUUAAGUUAUGUGUAA